UGAAUUUAGUUAACGUUCCUCCCGCUGGUCCCAAACGCUUAUCUCCGGGUGCUGACGAGCGCAUGGCAGUGCCUAAAGAAAAGAAGUGGAGGUGUAGCCCUGUUCACAGAGCAUGGCGAGGUGAGACUGGAAACACCGGGCCCUCGGGGAUGCCUUGCCCCCGUCGACCAGGUGUCAUGUUGAAGCGCUUUUGGCAUAUCGCGUACAGUAGAUAGAAAGCAAUCCCGGCAAGCCGACAAGUUUGUUCACUUAGUUAACCAGCUGCCUCGUUUCUCUGGUGACUAUUUUACAGCCGCACCGCAGACGACCCGAGACCAUGGCCGAGUACACGGGCGGCAGCGUAGAGGCUGACCACCUGUGCGUGCUUGUUCACGGGCUAUGGGGCAACCCAGACCACAUGCGGUCCGCCGCCAAAGCCCUGCGCGACCGGUUCCCGCCCGAGCAAGUCUACAUCCUCGUCGCGAAGCGCAACAGCGGCUACUUCACCUAUGAUGGCAUCGAGCUCGGCGGUGAGCGCGUCUGUCUCGAGAUCGAGGAGGAAUUGGAAAAGAUCCGGAGCGGGGGCGGGCACAUCAAGAAGCUGAGCGUUGUUGGCUACUCGCUCGGGGGGCUGGUGGCGAGAUACGCCAUUGGGCUGCUUUUCGCCCGGGGCGUGUUGGAUGAGCUCGAGUGCAUGAAUUUCACCGCCUUCGCGAGCCCAUUCCUCGGAGUCCGGACGCCGUUGAAGGGAUGGGCCAACCAAUUAUUCAACGUUCUGGGCGCAAGGACGCUGGCCAUGUCCGGCCGGCAGCUGUUCGGCAUCGACCGGUUCCGCGACACGGGCAAGCCCCUACUCGCCGUCCUCGCCGACCCCAACUCCAUCUUCAUGUCGGGCCUCGCCCGGUUCAAACGCCACACGCUCUACGCCAACAUCAUCAACGACCGUUCCGCCGUCUUCUACACCACCGGCAUCUCCAAGACCGACCCGUAUGCCGACCUGUCCAAGGUCACGGUGCACUACCUGCCCGGGUGGGAGGACGUGAUCCUGGACCCGGCGCGGCCGGUCUCGCCGGCCGCCCCCACCGCACCACCCACGUCGCUGCGGGCGACGCUCGAGACGUGGGCGAGGCGGGUGCCGCUCGUGGCGGCGCUCGCGCUGGUAAUCCCGCUCGGCGUGGUCGCCUUCCUGGUCAACAGCGCGAUCCAGACGGCGCGCUCGUCGCGGCGCGUGCGCCUGCACGAGCGCGGCCUCGCCGGCAUCCCCGUGCAGGACUUCCGCCGCGUCAGCCUGUGGAUCAAGGAGAUCCGCGAGGCGGUCGAGCACACGUACGAGAACCUCAACAGCGCGCAGCACCAGGCGUAUCUCGUCGAUGACGGCGAGGAGGAUGACAACGACGACGACGGGACUGCCACCACCAAUGGUGCGGUUGCCGCCAAGGCGAAUGGUGACGCGAGUGGUGGCCGUGGUAAGGGUAGUGGCGAGGACGACAACGGCGGUGACGACGGCAAGGCGCUGCUCGCGCUCGAGCGGAAGCAGUCGCGCCAGCAAGAAGGCGGGUUCCCGACGCUGGCGCUCGCGCCGUACCAGUUUGCGGCCAUCCAGGCGCUGGAGCGGCUCAACUGGAGGAAAUACCACGUCUGGAUUCACAAGGUCCGACAUAGCCAUGCCGCCAUCAUUGUGCGCUCGGAGAGGUCGGGGUUUGAUGAGGGGUGGCUGGUGCUACGGCACUGGGCGACAGAGGAGUUCUUGGUUUAGCAGCGGAUAGAGUUCAGCGGGGUGCUUUGGAUAUAAAUUUAGAAGAUACCUAUAUAAUGCGUGCCAUGGACGGCGUUGCGUGGAGGACCUGUUUGUCUCGCGGGGGUGGAUAUGCAGAGUAUUCAACGGGAUGUUGAUGCAUCUUGGCAAGCAAGUGGGUGUCAAUAUUCAACCCACUGUUGUCAGAGAAUCGAUACCGAUCGGCGAACUCUCAAAACGUUGCUUGCGCAUUUGUAGUCUUGGUGCAUACUAUUCGUUAUAUAUCCGUCUCGGUGUGUGAAGGAUUGGUCUGCUGUGUUGUUUAGUCCGACAAGUGAUAUGGAAGGAAUCAGGUUGUGG